CCCGCUAACGGGAGGAAUAGUGGUGAUAGAUUAUUUAGCCCGCUAGCGGGAGAAAUACGGGAUUUUGGCUAUUUAGCCCGCUUAUUUUAAAAAAUCAUCAAAAUGAAAACUAUUCAUUUUUCAGUAUGUAUUUAACAUAUAUUUGUAUUUUACUUAUUUAUUCUAGAAUAAUAAAAUAUAUUUUAUUAUAUAAAAUGUAUAUAAAAUUCAAUUUAAAAUAAGGCAAUCGUUUAUUUAAAUAUAUAAAUGUGAUUUAAUACAAAGUUUAUUAGCUCCAAAAUGAAGUGUUUUGGUAGGGUUGUUUAUUUUAGACUAUUCGUUUAAAUAAGGUGAGUAUUGUCAACUGUCAAAAAUUAUUGUUAUCCAAAAUUUGUAUUUCGUGAGUGUAGUCGUGUGUCAACCCUUGUGGUUAUUAGAUUAUUAUAAUCAAAGUUAUCGUUAUAGUAUUUGAAUAAUGAGUGAAAUUUGUGAAACUGUAGAAGGAAAUAAUACUUCUAACGGACGUCUCAAAAUUGGAGACACGUUUUCCAGUUUAGCGGAACUUGAAAAAAAGGUGAAUGAGUUGCAAAAUGAAACCUAUUCCAUCUUUUAUAAACGAAAUUGCUUAUCUAAAGCUGAAGGGCUGAAGAAGAAGCGAAAAAAGGUUUUAAAGGAUGGAAUAGAAUAUCACAAUCUCAAACUCUGCUGUAAAAAGGUUGGCCACAAUAUGCAAUCCACCAGUACUGGUGAUCGAGAGUCCUGGACUUUCAAAACAAAUUGCCCAGCAUUUAUUAUGUUUGCAGCAAAUAAUGAGGGAGAUGCCCUAUUCGUGAAAAAUAUGAAUUUAACCCAUAAUCACGAAUGCACAAAAGAUUUGUUUGAGUGUUCUGGCCAAUUAGAAAAAAAAUAUAUUUCAGACAGAUAAAUUAUUUUUUUCUGUAUAAUCAUAUGUAUGUUAAGUUAUUUUAAAUAUUAUUUAUUUAACCUAACCAAAAAUUAAUUCGAUUUAAAUAUUUGUCUAAAUUUAAUAAUUUAUUUGAUCGAUAAAAAAAUUUAGUUACGUGAAACAAAUUUUUAACCGUGAAGGAAACAUUUGGUUGACUUAACUAUAUAUAUAAAUCUUUAAGUGCUCAAUGAAUGUAUUAAGUUAAUUUAACUAAAGU